GCGUCUUGGAAUGGCGAUGAUCGAUGCUGGCGGGUUUUGAAAUGUUGCGAUUGCGUUGACGUGUUCUUGUGCGCUGCUGGUGGCGUUUUUGAAGUGUUUUCUGCCAAGGAAAAAUCGUGUACUUUCUUUGGAAACGUGUGAUUCAGUUGCGUUUCGUCAAUCGUUGCGGCAGAGUUGACGCGGUCUUGUGGAUAUUGUGGCAGAUGUGCCAUAUCUAGGCCAAGUCGACGCGUCGAUAGACCUCGUUCUCGAAUCCAAGCUUCCAGACACCGCUGCGGCCCCCAACAUCACGGAACCUACCGAGGAAUCGUGUGCAAUUUCGUUGCUCUACGUGUCCCUCUUGCGUGAAGUGGAUGGCCAAGAUCACCGGGCGGGCGCGCCGACGCCAUCGGCAGCACUCAUUCGUUUUUGUGGGCACGAAGAGCAAAUUACGUUCGAUACAACUUAUCCAGAAUUCCAUCACGGACGACGGGGUGUUUUUUACGCGGGCAAGUUUCGCAAUCAAGCGUUGCCAUCCUUGGACACCUCAUGUAGCUCCGCGACGCCAUCCCAGCCGACAGAGCUGAGCGUAUACAUCAAUCAAGUGCUCGCGGCAACGGCUAACAUCGCAUUGCCACCACCUUUGCCAGAGACCACGUCGUCUAAUGACGUUUGCAUUGCCAACCUGACGAAUGAACACAAGGCAACGUGGUUGGAGAAGUCGGGUACUUGCGCCACUCGGCAUCGUCUUCGUUGGGACUUGGCACGGACGGUAUCGUCAACCCGUCGAAGCCAGAUAUCAAGGGGACGUACACACUGCAAAUGGACGUGGCCUCGAUCAAGCGGACGCCGACCAGCAACCCCGUGGAUUCCCCGGUCAAAGUAGAGCUUGUCCAUCCGUUUUACUGAGGGCCUGCGAUGGCGUCGGGGGUCCUUUCACUGGCUGGAACGGCCCAGCAAGACAUCGUCGGCCUCGAUACCAUCCGCUUCCAUCACGUGGCCACGUCCCAACUUCACCUCCCCUUCACCUUCCACGUCGUCGCGCCCGACGUGGCUCGCGUUGGCCAGGCAUUGUUGAGUCUGCAGUACUUGCUACACGCCACAGUCCAGUAUGAGUUCGACACGUGCGGCGACUGCUUUUCCGACUGGACGGUUCAAAAUGGCCAUGCCCACGUGGACGACAGUCAAAUUUGUUUGUAUCGGCCCUUUACGACCUGCGAUGUGUAUGUGCCUGUGAUGGGAGCGACUUCUCAAGUCGCCAUUCUCCACGUCCGCGCGAAAUGGAUCCAUCCAGACCUGCUGUCCGAUGAAGGAUUGCGCGAAGUCGUUGCCGCCGCUCCACAAUCCUCCAUGGAGCACCUUGAACAUGAGGGAGUGUCGGUGGCCCCCAUGAUCUUACCUCGCCCAACGACGAAGAACCAAGUCGACGAUGGCAAUGGGACAUCGGCCACUUCGACGUUGCAACAGCAAACGUGUCUGGCGCCUGGGUCCGCAGUCUCGAACCAACCUCAACAAAACCAGGGUUGUUCAUGCGGCAUCGCGUUGCAGCGGGACGCGUUGGCUGCGGAAAAGAAAGCGUGGGAAUUUGCAAAGAGGAAGCAACAAGCGGCGCUGGAACAAGCCGAAGCGAAGCGGAUGGAAGCACUCGAGGCAGAGUGGGCACUUCGAGAAAAAGAGCGGAUUCAAAUGGUUCGAGAAGCCCAGCAAGAGUACGUGGCGUUGGAAAAGAAGCUGCGGCAGACGCUGCAUGACUUGGACUUGCGUGAGCGAUCGUUGGCCAAGGCGGAAGAGGCGUUUCAGCACAAGCUCGCCCUUCACAAGCAAGAAGUGGAUAGUUUACAACGAAAAUCCAAAAGCGAGACGCAACACGCUCUGUCGCUGGCUGAGCAGCAAAAACAGUCGAGCGAGUUGCAGUGUCGGCAAAUGGAAGAGCGUGCCAUCCGAGCCGAGUCACAGCUGAAACAACUGGAAGCCGACAUUGUGGCACUGCGGGUCGAGCAGCGCAAGAGCCCUGAAAACGUCCUCCGCCAAGACAUUAUUCAGCAUCAAGCGACGAUUGCGGCGCUGGAAAAACAACUCCGAUUGCUCCAAGUCGAAAAGGACCAAGAGAUUCAAGUGCAAAAGGAACUCGCGGUGCAGGUCGACCGCCUCACGCAGCUGCUGCACCAAGAAAAGCGCAAACAGGACGAACAAAAGGCGCAGGACCUGGAGGCGUUGCGACUUAAGUACAUUGCCCGAGAAGAGAGGUUUGUGUUGGACGGCGACCGAGAAGAACUCAGGGCAAUCAAGAAGCAGUUGGAUAUGCUCCGCCUAGUCCAAUUCAGUCAAGACAAGGAGCUGGCGAGGCUGCAGCAGGAAAAGGUUGACCUCCUGGCGACAGGACAGUACACAGAAGACAGCUUUGUCAUCCAAGAGCUCAAUCGACUCAUAGCAGCGAAGAAACCAUAGAGUUUUUACUGGCGUUCUGUCCACGGCGUGCCAAUUCCACCCACGAUUGCCCUCGGCCUUCCUAGUUCGUUUGCUGAACGUGAGAAGAGACUACACAUGCCACGAGCGACUCCAUCCGA